AUGGAUGCUCAACAGAUUCGCACCAUGGUGGAGGCAGCCGUUCAGGCAGCGGUGGCUGCAGCAUUGCAAGACCAGAACGUGCUCGAUGCCAUUCGCCCACCAGCAGUUGUCGUACCUCAGGCUCCAUUCGCGGUGAAUCCAGCUGGAGCUGGCAACAACGCAUGGGACUUUACGUCCUCAACAGGCAUCAAGAUCUUCAUUGCGUCUACGGCUCCCUUCACACUGCCAUACGACGGCAACUUACCUGGAUUGAGAGACUUUCUCAGGAAGAUUUGGCAGAGAGCCGAAUCGUACGGAUGGACCGCGAUCUUAGUUGUCGCCGACGCAUCAGCUACUCCCCGUAAUCUGACAGUUCAGCACGGAUGUCUCGUGCUGGAAGAUGUCCAAGCCCAUGCCAUAGCAUACCUCCGGUUGCAACAGAGAGAACAUCAAGCGUCGUCGUGCCUCAGGAAACUCCUCCUCGGAUCCAUCACGCCAAAACUGGCCAACAGGCUCUCGUCAAGAGAAGAAAAGUACACAGUCAACACUGCUGCGGCGGUGGCACCUGGAGUGGCAGCACCAGCUCCCAUCAUGAUACAGGAUGGCACUUGCAUGCUUUACGAGCUGAUCAAGAUGGUAUCAGUCGAGACCAAGGCCACUGUAUCAAUCAUUUUGAAGAAACUCAACAACUUGGACGUCCUCAUGGAGAAGUGCAAGUCCAAUGUCGAAGAGUUCAACACCAUCGUGGAUGAUCUAGUUGCACAACUGGACGCUAGGAGCGUCACCACUCCACCCAUGAUGGAGAACCUAUUCGAAGGAUAUUCGAACUGUGCCGACCCCAAGUUCGCCCGGUACAUCUACAUGAAGCAAGAAGCAUAUGAAGAUGGGACUAUUCAGCUUCAAUACCCGGCGCUCAUGAAGGUGGCUCUUGAAAGGUACAAGGUUCUUGUCGACAAGAACCAAUGGCUGCAGAAGACCGAGGAGCAGCUGGAAAUCAUUGCCCUCAAGGCACAGGUAGUGAGUCUCACAGCUUCGAAGCAGACAAGUGGCACUCCCAGCAAGGCGACUCCAAGGAAGGACCAAAAGGGUCAGGGCGACAAGUUUGCUUGGAAGCUGGUUGCACCAAAGCAAGGCGAGGCACAGGAGAAGACUGUCAAUGGCAAAGCUUACGUGUACUGCCCGUACCAUGACACGACCAAGUGGGUGCUCGAGGUUAAUGACAAAGGAGUCAAUCACCGAACCGGCUGCACCAAGAUGAAGGAAGCCAAAGCCGCUGAGGCGGCAGCUGGCCAGGGCGAUGCGACCGAAGCUGCGCUUGCUGGAGCCAUCGAAGACGUCGGAACGGCAACGGUUGAUGACAACCCCUGA